AUGAACACGGGCAGCAGUCUGUGCGCUGGGAAGAUACGCUGCUGCAGUGUGCGGUACACGGGGAGACGCUUUGGAUCCGCGCCCUUACGGUCCCAGAGGGCAGAGAGGUGGCCUCUCACGUUCACGGCAACCGCGAAAGGUGUAAGCUACGAACUCGUGGAUCCGUCCCGGUUCGGCGUCGAGCAUGCGGCGGGGAAUCCACCACCGCUGUCCUUUGGGUUGCAACGGACGCUGUACGAGCCCGUCGUGCUGCACCCGCUGCGGGACACCAGGUCCGGGGUGUACAACUACGACAGCGCGCUCGAGGUCAUCCCGGGGGAGUUUCUACAGCAUUGCAGGUCCCCGCAAAAGAGACCGCUGUUUGUGACACCACACAAGGAUGAGUCCCUGUGGAGAGUCGCCCGGGGGCUCAACAAGAAGUACGUCUCGUCGACGAGUUCAAUGACUGCAGUGCUCUCACAUUUACACUACCUCGUGUCCAACUUCAGACAACUCAACGUCGAGAACUCCUCGAUUUCGAAGAACUUCCCGCAGAAGCAUUGCCAGUUCACGAGGGGAGCACAGUUCCCAGCGAGUAUCAUCUUGCGGAGGAAGAAGCAGGGCGUCGUGUCCAUCGACUCGGAUAAAAGUCUCGACAGAGAGAUGAUCCUUUCCGUCCUGGGCCACUCGCUUGAGGAAUUCCUCACGGAGCGACCCCCCAGAGACACCCAGCAGCAGCCCGCGGAGCACUACCACUACUCGCAGCUCGACGAUUUCAUCAUCAGGUCGCAGCUGGACGCGUACGACCCGCAGUUGCCUGGGUCUGGUAUCUUCGAUCUCAAGACACGCGCAGCCGUGUCGAUCCGCCACGAUUUGCCCUACGUCGAACGCAACAACAACUUCACGGGCUACGAAAUGGACAGCGUUUACGGUGAGUUCGAGUCUCUCGAGAGAGAGUUCUUCGAGGUCAUCAGGUCCACGCUGCUCAAGUACUCCCUGCAGGCCCGCAUGGGGUGCAUGGACGGGAUAUUCCUUGCGUACCACAACAUCAAAAAGAUGUUCGGAUUUCAGUACUUGCCCCUAGACGAGAUUGACUACAUCAUCCACUCGACUUACGACAGAAGUUUUGCCAGGUCGCUCGAAACAAGAGACGCCAUCUUCAGACAGAUUUACGGACAGGGGGAGUUUAUUGCGAGACAUCAACGCAACAGUAGGCAGAUUGCAAGCACCCUUGCAGACGCAGAGUUCAAAAUAUCUGUACAGUUACUCAGACAACUUCUCGGGAACAUUGAGAACAAACUGUCCCAGAAAUCUGGAGAUUGGAGACUCGCCAAAGUACUGGUCAAAACGGAGAAGAAGAAAAUCCCAGUAUCGCGAGGUAAAUCAAUCGAAGUCCCCGUACUGAACGUGCUCGCGUACCCACUUCCAGAUGACUACGAGGAUACCCCCUUAGUCCCAAUCGCGAAAACGGAUACUUUGGAGGACUUGGAACAGAAACUGGAUGACAUCGUUUUAAGUAACAAGAGACUCCUCCAGGACAAAGCUGACCGAAACGAGGUGAUCGGGUUCCAACUGGAGGUGGCCCAUUUGCAAAGACACCACCGGGACUCGGUAGCCAUCCCUGCAUACCUCAGUGGGAAAAACUCACCAUUGGACAGGAAGCAAAAAGGCUAUGUGUUCAACCAGUUGAAAAAAAAUUAUUAUCCGGAGGGGGCCCACAGGGACACUCCAAAUUUCUACCAUGAGCUAGACGUCGGCGAGUGGGUCACUAGGGGGACCCUCACACCGAUCAGAGACAAGAAACUGAUUGUCUCCCUGUGCCAGGAGUACUUGAACGUCAAAAUUGAUGCCCUGAAAUUUCAAAGCAUCGUGAGGGACGAAGCAGAGGAGGACAACUCAAGUAUAACGAACAGAAUCACGGAUUUGCUCAAUGGGAAGUUCAAAAGGGCGAAUGAGGAAGUAGAGGGAGGGCCCUCGCAGUUCCAAUUACUGUUGAGAGCGCUGUCCCUGAGGGGGGAGCUCAGAAGCAAGAGGAGGACCUCCAUGAAGGAAAGUUUAUAG